AUGGAGACCCCGCAUUUACGAUUAGAACAAAUCGACCUUUCCCACCUGGAAGAAUACCAUCGGGUCUGGGUCAACCCCGCUACCACGAAAUGGACUUCCCGUGGCCCCUCUAAAACUAUUGAAGAGAGCAAAGAAAAGUUAACCGGGAUUCUGCCUGAUAACAAUCGGCCCGGCGUCGACAACCAUGUUGUUUUCAUUCGAGAACCUCCGGCCGAUGACAACGAAGGGCAUUGGUUGAUCGGCGUCGUUGGCGUUCAUCGUACUGACCCGGUCCCGGAACUGGGGUAUCUUUUCCAUCCGUCAGCGUGGGGCAAAGGGUAUGCAACAGAAAGUGUGGCGGCAUUUGUAAAACACUACUUUACGAUCAGGCCAGAAGCGAAUGUCAUCGAGGCCAAGGUGGAUACGAAGAACUUUGCAUCUAUUAGGGUGCUUCAGAAAUGUGGCUUUGUCGAGGAGGAAACCAUCGUCGGGGGUGCUCAGCAAGCCUGGUUAGAUCCGCCUGUUAGAGAUCUUGUGGUUUAUCGCCUAAGGAGGGAAAUCUAG